AUGCGUCGCCAUGGCAGGGCCAGCGGAGGCCCGACCAAGGCCGUCUCGCCCAUGUCCGAUACCGUGUCGCUCAUCCACUCCUUCGAUUCGGUCCUCAACCCCAACCGACCCGCGCGACCUUCGCCCUUAGCUUCCUCCCAUAUCAAGGCAUUGCCGCUUGAACUGAUCGAUCGCCUGCGCUCGUUUCCCCUGUUCCAGGCCACGCCCGAAGCCUUCUUGAUCGAGGUCGGUCAGCACUUGCGACCUCAGCUCCAUGCCCCUAACGACUACAUCUUGACCGAAGGCGACGAUGCAAGGGCGAUAUACUGGUUGGUGCGGGGUGCCGUCUCGGUCACAUCACGCGAUGGCGAGAGCAUUUAUGCCGAGCUCAAUCCGGGGGCGUUCUUCGGAGAAAUCGGUGUGCUCAUGGACCGGCCACGCACGGCGACGAUCAUCGCUCGUACACGAUGCAUGCUGGUCGUGCUCACAAAAGAAGAUUUUCGCAACAUUUUGCCGCGCUUCCCGGAAGUGGAGCGUGCAAUUAGAGACGAAGCGCAAGAGCGCUUAAUGAUUUUGGAGAAGAAGAAAAAAGAAACAUCGGCGCCUGUUCUGGACGAGCCGAGCCCCAGCCCAGUGCGGCGGGGUUCCAAGCGUUUGAGAGAAAGUUUUUCGAAAGACUUGGCUGUUGCUGAGGAAGACUUUACUGUCAACUCGAUCCAUAAGAAGCGAAAGUCACCCAGCCCGGGUCGUCGGGAUUCCUCCAGUGCGCUGGCCAAUGGGUUGGUCAAUGUUCGUUUGCUGCUCAAAGAGCUUCCACUAUUCAACGGGUUGCCGGCCGAUAUCCUCCACUUUUUGGGACUCAAUGCCCAACCAAGCUCCUUCCCACCAUUCACCGACAUUAUCAAACAACAUUCUCAAGGCCGAGAGCUGUAUUUCAUUGUACGUGGUGAAGUUGAAGUUGUCACGGAAAGACAUGGGCAGAGCCACGCGCAUAAUGGCCAACCAAAUGGCCAUAGUCGUCCGGAGGUCGAAAUCAAGGCUAGGCUGAGGCAAGGCCAAUAUUUCGGAGAAGUGGUCAGCUUGUCGCUCGCUCCACGUAGAACAGCUACCGUUCGAUCCGUUACGUCGGUGGAGUGCCUCAUGCUGAGCGGAGACGUUCUGUCGAAGUUCUGGGAAAUGUGUCCGCAUGAUAUCCGCGAGCAAGUUGAGCGCACAGCACAAGAGAGACUUCAAGCCGCUGCAGAUGGCGACGUGGUUAUGACCGAUGCAACGGAUGAGCAGUCUCCCAUGGGUGAUCUUGAUCUCGAUGAGCGUGUCAAGAUCACAGCUGCUCGAAGGCGUUCAAUGCCCUUGCUGACCUUGACCGAGACCGAGCUAGACGGGCCACCUCAAUCGUCACCAGUCGAGGAUCAGGAGGAAGCCGUCUUGAGGCCUUCGGACCCCGACCCCUACCUCAGCCUUGGGUUAGACAAGGUUCGGCUUCGAAGUCGACGUGGCUCGUUGGCGCCAUUAACUCCGGAAGAAAUCACAGGCGAGCAACAGCGUCCAUCUCCUACCGAAUCUCGUUCUGUUGGCUCGUCAUCAGACCUUGCUCUACCCGAGACCGUUAGUCUUUCGAAACCUCACCAAAAAGUGCGUCCACUCGGUGACGCUCAACACGGUAUCUUCCCUGACAGCGUGCUGUUGAAUAUCUUUCAAUUCAUGGAGCUCCACGAACUUCUUCGGCUUCGUGGAGUUUCCUCCCACUGGUCCGAGAUCUUGAACACAUCGGAUCAGAUCGUUCGCGAUUUGGACCUCAGCAUAUACAAUCGCUGCGUAACGGAUGAUGUGCUUGUCAAAGUGAUAUGCCCAUUUGUCGGUAAUCGACCCCGGUCUGUCAACAUCAACAAUUGCUUCCAUGUUACCGAUGAGGGGUUCAAUGCGCUAGUAAAAACAUGCGCGCCCACGUCGACCACGUGGAGAAUGAAGAGUGUCUGGGAUGUAACAGCAUCUGCUAUCCUUGAGAUGUCCAGUAAAGCUGUCGGCCUCGAAGAAGUGGAACUGAGCAAUUGCCGAAAAGUGGGAGACACGCUUAUGGCGCGAAUAAUUGGGUGGGUUGUUUCUGGGAACCAGAAGCCCGGCGAAGGUAAAACAUCCUCCAUCAAACCAACAAUCCAAACGGCCGACAGCACAGUGUACGGCUGUCCUAAGCUGAAAAAGCUCACCCUGUCCUACUGCAAACAUGUCACGGAUCGGUCAAUGCACCACAUUGCCUCCCAUGCUGCCUCUCGCAUUGAAGAAAUGGACUUGACACGUUGCACUACCAUCACCGAUCAAGGGUUUCAGUAUUGGGGCAAUGCACGAUUCACCAACUUGCGCAGACUCUGUUUGGCAGAUUGCACGUACCUGACGGACAAUGCCAUCGUUCAUCUAACAAAUGCCGCCAAGCAGCUGCAAGAGUUGGAUCUGUCUUUCUGCUGCGCGCUCUCUGAUACGGCAACCGAAGUCCUUGCUCUUCAAUGCUCCCAAUUACUAUACCUCAACAUGUCAUUCUGUGGCUCGGCCAUCUCCGAUCCGUCUCUACGCAGCAUCGGUCUUCACCUCCUAUCUCUCAAACACCUAUCAGUGCGCGGUUGUGUCCGUGUCACUGGAGUGGGAGUAGAGGCUGUCGCCGAGGGUUGCCACCAGCUACAGUCUUUUGACGUAAGCCAGUGCAAAAAUCUUAUGCCAUGGUUCGAAGACAACGGGCCCAUGCGGUACCAACCACGGAUCGACUUUGAGACUGUGGCUUCAAAUGGACGGAAUUUCAGGUGA